UGUUUGCCAGUAGAAUUAUUGAAAUUGUUUCUUCUUUUUGAGAUGUACAGUUGGAUACAUUAAAAAUGUCCGCUGUUACUGCAGAAUAUUACGAAUUUAUUAAAAAAUUGGAGGAAAAUGAUGACAAGUUAAUACCAAACCCGUUGGAACAGCCUGUUGACUUCGAGUUUAAUAAUUCCACGUGCCAUGUUUGCAACGGUUAUUAUGGGCCAAGUUUCGGAGAACCAGUGUGCGUGACUUGCCAUGCGUUUCUAUACCCGAAUUUUCCGUCAUUUUGUCCUAAUUCAUACUACUACAGUGAGAAGACUGACGACGGAGAUUCAGGGAAUGACGAGCCUUCAGAUCUCAACUAUAGCUCGGACCGGAGGGUCAAUAGAGUCUGUAUGGUGCCUGCUAGCUGGUGGUACAUAAAUUCUCUAGAUAGUGAAAGCCCGGAAGAUGAAGCCAGUAACCCUGGCAAUGCAGCAAGCGCCAGUGGAAGUGGAAGUGGCAAUCACACCAACACAAAUGGGAAUGGCUUGGCUCAUGGUCCAGACCGUCCCGACAUCCCUGACAAUGAGGAAGAAAUGCCUCAACCACUUGCCCUGAGGCCUGAACCACUGGCACUGAGGCCCCCGCCCUGUCUUGCACAUUCGUUGCAGGCCUUGUCUACUCCGCGCCCACCAGACAAUGUGGCACCUGAGUUAAUAGCGCAGUUGCCCACAGAAGUACUGCUGGGCAUCUUCAGCUACCUGGACGACCUGUCGCUGAGCGCGUGCGGCGCGGUGUGCGCGCGCUGGCGCGGGCUGGUGCGCGCGCGCGUGCGGGCGCCGCGCUGGGCCGCCUUCGCCGCGCGCCGCUGGCCGCUGUACCGCCCGCUCACCAGGAACAGGGACUGGUACAAGGUGUACCAGUCCCUCGUGGAGUCCUGUUUCUGUCGCAACUGCCUCGUGCAGAUGUGCGUGCAGGCGCAGCCGCCCGGCGAGGAGAGCGCGUGGCGACACAACAGACUCCGCAGCGAGCUCAAGAUGAUGCGCAACGACCCGCCAGAAGGCAUCGCGGCGACGCCGCUGGACGCGCGCUGCUGCCACUGGCAGGCCUCCGUCACCGGCCCGGCGGGCUCCCCGUACGAGGGCGGCAUCUUCUACCUGUACAUACAGGUGCCUUACGCGUACCCAAUGAGCCCGCCGGUGGUCCGCUUCCUGACGCGCAUCCUGCACCCGAACGUGUCGCGGCACGGCGACGUGGGCAUCGACUCCGUGCACCACAACUGGUCGCUCGCGCUCACCAUCAGCAAAGUGCUCAUCUCUAUACAGAGCCUGCUCACGGACCCCUAUACUGCCGUGUGCAUGGAACCCGAGCUAGGCGAGAUGUACGUCCGCGACCGCGCGCGCUUCGAGAGCCUGGCGCGCCGGUGGACCUGGCGCUACGCCAUGCAAGACAUCCUGCCCUACUGAGGCUGUGCGGCCGCCUUCU